UACUGGCCCCUCCCUCCCUCCGCUAACUUGAGCCGGGGAUUCUCCUUUUGCAGCCUGACCCCCCUCCUCUCCCCUUCCCUCCUUAUUUGCUUCCUUGGCUGCUGCAGCUGCAAGGCGACCCUUCCUCCCUUUCUGUCUCUGCAACUAGACCCGAGGUGGAUGCGCUUUGGAAUCGCAGCUCGUGGCAAGCCCAUUGCUCGUCGCAGCGGAGGAUGGGGACUCAGAGGCGUAGAACCUUUAAGUAUUCUGUCCAAAGUGAUGUAGUAGCUCAGCUUUAACUUGAAAUAGGAAGUCCUUCAACAUCUCAACUUCACCGACAGCGCAUAACUCCCAACAAAAGACAAAUGGGUUUGUAGAUUCUGAUCUUGUGGAGGUUCUGCUGUUUUGGACAGAAAGGAGAAGAGCGAACGGCCACCUUGACAUUCUGCUGCUAUAAUUUAGAAUCCGAGGGAAACAUUUGAGAGCAUGGAAAAGACUGAAGAAAAUCACAGUGCUGUUGAGGUGACUGACAGCAGUCGCCAUGACAGCAAAAGCCACUGGACGGUGUUUAAUCUGCUGAUAAAAAUGAUCAACAAGUCCCCUAGAGGUGGCAUGACUGAGCAUCAGCAACAUGCCGUCUCUUUCCUUUGUUCAGGAUGGAAGAUACUUGGAGUACUAGCUGUAUUUGGAGUGAUGGUGUGGUAUACGAUAUCCCGGGAAGAAAGGUACAUACAGCUUUUUGAUUUUCAUAUUAUGCAAGAUGAAAGGAUGACUUGUCCUCUGGGAGAAGUGGAAAAGAAAGCUGCACAACUCAUAGCAAAUUAUACACGGGAUCAUCCACUAUUUUUACAGCUAAAGGACUACUUCUGGGUAAGGACCCCUUCACCCUACGAGUUGCCAUAUGGGACCAAAGGAGCUGAGGAAAUACUUCUGCGGCUUCUGGCUGUCACAAGUUACUCUCUUCCUGACAGUGUGCAAAGUUUGAAGUGUCGGAGAUGCGCAGUAGUAGGGAAUGGUCACCGGCUCCGAAACAGCUCUAUGGGAGACGUAAUUAACAAAUAUGAUGUUGUGAUCAGGCUGAACAAUGCUCCCGUCCAUGGUUAUGAACAUGAUGUGGGCUCCAAAACCACUAUGCGGCUCUUCUAUCCAGAGUCAGCACACUUUAACCCCAAAACUGAAAAUAACCCAAACACGUUGCUGGUGCUGGUGGCAUUCAAACCCAUGGAUUUCAUGUGGAUGGAGACGAUUCUCCAUGAUAAAAAGAGAAUUCGGAAGGGCUUCUGGAAACAACCUCCAUUAAUCUGGGAUGCAAAUCCAGAGCAAGUGAGAAUCCUGAAUCCAUAUUUUAUGGAAGUUACGGCUGCUAAAUUGCUAAACAUACCAAUGAAGCAGCUGAGAAAGUUUAAACAGAAACCAACUACAGGCUUGGUGGCGAUCACGUUAGCCUUGCACUUCUGUGAUGUGGUCCACAUUGCGGGCUUUGGAUACCCAGACUCUGCCAACAAGAAGCAAUCUAUUCACUAUUAUGAGCAAAUCACCGUAAAGUCUAUGGCUACAUCAGGGCACAAUGUUUCGCACGAAGCAUCAGCAAUAAAAAAGAUGCUCGAAGUGGGACUCAUCAAGAACCUCACUUACUUCUGAUGGAACAUGGAUACCCACUUUCCCACCCUGAGCUGGCUGAUGCACCAACUGGAGCCUCGUGUGGCUGUCUGUUCUCACCCAUAUUGACUGAGACCCUGCAGUGUUGCUCAAAGGACAUGCAGGCUGGGGAAGAAGCUUGUAUUAGAUGCAUCAGCCGCAGGGGAAAAUGUAGAUGGUCCUGGAAAGAGGAGGACAUUGGUGACAAGGGAAGGCAGGAGCCCUGAGCUGUUGGUGCCCUUCACCUGACCCGUUGCAUGGCUUUUAGGAAAUGAAGCCCUGACAUUGUUACUAGUGUCAAAGUUGUACUUUUUCCAGUGACCAAAGCCAGUUCUCAAGAAUGAUACCACAGACUUUCCUACAGAAGUCAAAUACGUCUGCUAUCACUGUUGCCUUCCCACUCUGAGAGAUGGCUGUUUACCAUUCUUUAUAACUGGGUCUGAGUUGCCUCGUGGAGUGAUUGGCAACCGCAUUGAGAAUCACGGGGUGUUACCCAUCUUUGUUUUCCUGCUGCGAUGAAGAUGAUGCAAAGUGUUCUGGUUCAAGUCCCCUAUGCAGUGAAGAGUCUAGGAUGGCCAGGAGAGAAAGAUGUGAAGGAUGACCGGAGUCGGUGAUAUUGAUCAUAUUUAUCUCCAAUCCAUUUGUUAUGCUUCUGCAGACUGCAGCAGAAGAGGACAAUGCCCUUCAGUAUUUCUUAGAUUUUUAAUUUUUUUAAACUGAAAACAUUUGAGGUGAACUGAAUGUUUGUUUGUUUUCCAGGCACUUGACUGAAAGUAAUUCUCCUUCUGUGAAGGACGUAUCUGUAUGUGUUUAAUGACUCUCUUUCUCUGUCCGUUAUUCCAAAUCUGUUUUUCAGUAUAAACUUUAGGCUUCUUUCCUCCGGCAUAUGAGCAUUGCUUCCCUGCAGGAACAGGAUUAUAAUACAAAGGGAGGAAGAGCACAGAAACCUGCCUUCUCCUGAGUCAAUCCAGAAGUGUUGAUGCUGACCAGAAGGAGCUUUCCAGGGUUUGGGGAAGGAAGCUCUCCCUAGCUUAUCUGUAGAUGGUAGAGAAUGGACCUGGGUUUUUCUACAGGUAAAAAAAGGCUGGCCCAUCAAGUGGAGAAGUGUCCAUUGUAGAGCAAGAGAACAGAAAUAAUGUUUCUCACAAAUUGAACCCGAGAUGGCACAGCCCUUUUUUCUGCCUCUCCAAGAAGUAUUUUUACCAUUAUCACUCACAACUGUUUUUAGGGCUUAAAAGUGGGAUGAAUAUGAAGUAUGUUGCCUCUAUAUAAUAGGCAGGGCAAGGGGAGUUGGUCCAGAUAUUUCAGAAAUGUGUUCCAGGUUGGAUGUAUGUGCCCAACUUGGACAUAAAGUCAAUGAUUGCGAGAGGCUGUUUGGAUCUGGCUUUGGGUCAGAUGGAAUGACAAUGAUCCUACAUUGCUUCAGUGUAGCGUAAAUAUCUGCUGGCGGAAAUACGUUACACCAGUGGUUCUCAACCUGGGGUCCCCAGAUGUUUUUGGCCUGCAAUUCCUAGAAAUCUCAGUCAGUUUAUCAGCUGUUAGGAUUUCUGGGAGUUGUAGGCCAAAAACAUCUGGGGACCCCAGGUUGAGAACCACUGCGUUACGCAGUUGUGAUGCUAAAUAGCAACAUGACACAAUGUAUGUAGGUCAGUGGUUAAAUCUCAUGGCUGACAGCCUAUUGCAUAAUUGCAAAGUACGGAGAAAUAACGUUUUCCCCAUUCUGUGUGCUAUCGUAUGCGCAGUUGGUCUGUGUGCAACCCUGCUUAUGCCGCCAUUGACUGUUGUCUAAAAGACUCUCUCUACAUUCAUAGUGCAACUUACGUUUACAUAUGCCACUAACAAGUUACCAACCAAUAUGUUAAUUCCCCCCUUCUUGUACUUUCAGUUUUGGGAUCAAGGUGUAUUGAUGUCUCUUAAAUUAAGUCCACCUGAUCCCUUUUUAAGGUCUGAAUUGACUACUGCAGAAUCUGGAACCUUCUUCACAAGGGAAAGAAAACAGAGUGAGACAGAUGAUGAAAUAACUUGCAUGUACACCACCACUGUACCUUUCAUGAGCAGCCAACGUGCCUUAGCCAUGAUUGCAAAGGCCCACCUUUCUGGGCCUUGCCAGGAACACUACCUCCAAUGGCUUAGGCCAUCACCUCUGUUGUCCUGAAGGUGGUUGAUUGAAGAGGGUUGCCCAUCGUAUGAUCUGUGAGAAUAUCUAGGGAAUGAGAACAUUGGGGUGGGUUUACUAUCAAGAAAAUCCAGACUGUUCCGUGCAGGUAAAGAGAAAAAGAGCUUGACGUUUGUGAUUUCCAAAGGAUUGUGACUUCCACAAGGAAUCUUGAAAGUGUUUUUCCUGGUUAAACGAUACUGCAGUUCAGUGUUAAGUAAUUUAAUAAAUUUAAUUUAAAGGUAUCCUUAUGAAUCAUAAAUAUAUGUUUUGGAAAAUAAAGUUGCUCAUUUCAGAUG